CUCAUCAAUAUUAACAACAAACGCUAGUAAUUUACGAGAAUCAUAUUCAUGAAAUACUAGACCACUGGGGUCUGGGUCCGCUUAAUCUACUGCCAUGAUCCCUUCUUAAUGUUCAUCGAAUAAGGGCCGGUUACUACAAUAUUCUCGAAUUAGUCCCAUAUUCGUCUUCUUUCAAAAAAAUGCAUUCCUCGACGUUCUCGACCGCAUUCUCUAUAAUGCGGAGAGGUUCUCGCUCUUUCAUAUGUCGAAGAUACUUCUCAUCCGCAGGAGGAGGAGCUUCGUACCAGUCUCCGCAAAAAGUCGGAUUCAACGGAGGUUCUGGUACACGACAAAUUUGCGGAAAGGGUAGCAUUGGCAACAGGAGAAGGGGCGAGCUCUUCAGCUACCAACGUGAAAGCUGCAAGAAGUAUAGCGCAGAUGGCUGCAGAAUGCGAUGUGAUUUUCACGAUGCUCUUUAACACAGAAACAACCGAAGAAGUUUAUCGUGGAAAACAAGGACUCUUUCGAAAUGCGAGGUCCUCCACGAUGUUUAUCGACUGAACAACGAUAGCUCCGCAUUUUGCGAAAGCCCUUGGCGAGGAAGGUGGGAAGCUCGGGUUUCACAUCCUAGGUGCGCCGGUUUCGGAUGGAGUUGCGGGCGCAACGGUAGGAACUCUAGCCUUCAUGUAUGGCGCGAGCAGCAAGGGUGUAUUCGAAUCAGCAGGCAAACCGUUUCUGGAAAAUAUGGGCAAGACUAAGAACAUCUUUUACUGUGGCGCGAGCGGAUGAACGGGGUCCAUAGCCAAAGUAUGCAACAAUAUGGCGCUCAGUGUCCUCCAGAUGAUUUCAAUCGCGGAAGCCAUCUCGAUGGGGGUGGAAUUAGGUAUGGAGUCGGCGCUUUUAUCCAACGUGAUGAACAAAAGCAGUGCACGGUGUUGGGCAGACGACGUGGGGAAUCCAUGCCCUGGUGUACUUCCAGAUGCACCAAGUUCUCGCGACUAUAAGCGUGGUUUCAAGAUGUCCUUGAUGUUGAAAGAUUUGAAGCUGGCUAUAGAAAACGCAGGUACAACGGUCAACGCAGACGUGGAGUUGGCGAAACACGGCUUGCAGUAUUACGACGAGAUAGCGAAAAACGGAUUCUCGUCCGAAAAAGACUUCGGACUUGUGUAUCAAUACGUAUAUCAAAAAUAA